AUGGCUUCCUCACCUCACGCACCUGCCGAGGAUGUCUGGCAGACAAAGCGAGUUCUGCAGUUGGAGACUGAGUUACGUCUGGCACAGGACCAGUUGCGUGCCGUCUCUCUUAGCAACGCAAACAAUGUCCUCGUCCUCACGCAGAUCUACAACAUUGCGUCAAUGCCUCAGAAGAGCUCCCAAGCACUUGCGGCCAUCAAGAACUUGCUCAUCCAAAGUACCAAGCACAUGAUGAGUGCCACCGCUGUGUCACCUGCUUCAAUCCUGCCUGGCAGCGGAGGCAACACAGAAACCCCUCCAUCUACUGGUGCUAGCAGUCAAUUGUCUCCUGCGACCAGCUCAGACGACUUCAGCGCCUCUGAUGGCCCUGGGGAUCCCAAAGGCCGCCCAGAUCUACUCGGUGUCACCUCCCGCAAGGGCAUGAAGACCAAUAACACGACUGAAAAAGCAGGGGAGGUCAAGGAGGCAGCCACUUCUGGAAAGGCGACAAUGCCCAAGAAGCAAGACACGGCGACGGGUGACCGGCAGGACAAACCGAGCACCCAGCCACUGGUCAAACAGCAGGCCAAGCCAGACAUCAAACAGCAUCCUAAGCAGCAAACCAAGCAGCAGGCUAAGCAUCUUGUUCUGACCAAUCCUCAAAGCACUAAGCAAUCCAGCAAGCCCGGUGGCCAUUUUGGCAGCAGUGGAGGCGACGGCGGUGAUGAUGCAGACGACAUUUGGCAAGAGUUUUCUCUUGAGGAGGAACUUGAAGGUAUUGCCGAUGCCCCGGCUAUGAGCCGCGCUGCCAUGCGUGCUGUCCUGCGUGAGAAGGAAGAGGCCACCCGGAAGAGAAUGCGUGAGUCUGCUGAUGAGAAGCGCCGCAUCGCCGAGAGAGAAGGUCAACUGCUCAAGAAGACGUUUCUUCGGCCGUCAGUGCCCCUGGCACCCAUAUCCGAGCUCCCACAGACACAGACGCAAGUGACACCAAGCAGCAGAGCCAACCAAGGUGCCGACAACAAGACGGCACACAGCUACCUGCCCACUUCGGCAGCGGGAUUAGCUGCAAUUGGGCAAGAUAAGUCUACUAUAGACGGAGCGCGCAAGGCUCCCGGUGCUGCCCCUUUCCUGCCAGACGUCGCAACAGACAUUGACGACGAACUUGACGAGGUGAAUCUGCCUCCCGGAAUGAUAAGCGUUAAGCAUGCCUCUCCGAAGAACGCGGAUCGCUUUGGGAUUGUUUUCAAUCCCUUCAAGCUCGACGCUGAGACUGUGGCCGGGAUCACUGGCUCUAGCCAAGGCAAUGACAAUCGCCGCUCCGUUCUCAUUCGGAACAUCCCGCACGACUUUUCGAUGCACAAGCUCCUAGCACAUAUCCAUGGAGGUGUUGUCCUCAUGGCGCGACUUGUCCCCGAUAUUAUGGGUCCCAGACACGGCCAGGUCGCCAUGAUCACGUUCAAGACCGCACAGCAGGCUGCCGAUUGUAUGGCAAUCACGCCUGAUUUGCUGGCUCGCUCAGAGGAACUUGAAGGGGGGCCUCUCAACCCGGGGACGAGAAUGUCCAUCAAGUUGCUGCCGACGCACACGUACCCGUCCCGUGAGACAAUUGUCCCAGCAGAUUCGCCAAAUCGAGGCCUCGUUGCCGUUGAGGAGAAAACACGCUGUAUUGUUGUGAACGACUUUCCCAAGCAGUUCAUCAACGAUCUAUGCACCGAGCUCUUGCUCGAUGUCCGGCGCUUCCCAUCAAAGAUGAACGCUCUAGAAGAGAUGUGGUUCGCUGACGACAAUCUACACAUGCACUUCACCAGCGUCCAAGAAGCCGAGAAAGCACAUCGCAUCGUGUCCAUCUUCCACUUCGAGAAGUAUGCCUCACAAGUUCAUUUUGUGCCGGACCCUUGCGCAGCGCCGGCCGGUAGUGGCAGCAUGUGUGGCCUCUUCGACAGCAACGGGAUAAAGCUCGCGAGCCACGGGUACAUGGGGCUCAAGUCUCUCUUGGAGAGCGUCGGGCUAGCCUCAUACUCCCGCAGCCACAUCAAGCCCCCCAUUGCUGCUGCAAACAGAAACGCGGCGCCUCUUGCGGUUGGCAAAAUGUCUUUUGCCACGCUCCUCUCGACGGCUCGAGUGGUGGCUGCCUCCCAGAACAGCGGCACCAAGUCACAUUCGUCUCGGGCAAGAAAGCAGACGCAGUCGCAGGCUGAGACACAUGGACAGGCAGAAGUGCAGACCAAUUAUGACAACACGCUCAUUGAUCUGUGUUUUGACACGACUCCGGACACCACCAGCCAGAACAGUGUUCCUGCGUCGCAGUGGGAUGGUUUCUCCCGCCACAGCUUGAGUGCGCCAUGGACAGCGGAUCUAAUGGUGGGUUUGGACCAAAUGUGA